UUGGGGGUCAAAACUCUUCCAUACGUAAGAUACUGGUGGCAUCGACGUCUGUGAAGAUGAGCGAAUGGAGGGAGCAUUCGCAGAGGGAACACCGCUCAAGCAGCGAGGAUCGUGGCGGCUAUCGGAGCACCGAUCGGUCCUACGAUCCGAGAAGGUUAAGCUUGCGGAGGAGGAACGACUGCGAAAAGAAUCGGAAGAGGAACAACAACGUAUUCACAAUGAGAAGGAACAACGACACAAGAAGGAGAAGAAGCGUCGAACAAAGCUUCAGAAGGAGGCGGAGUGUGAAGCAGAGAUGAACAAGAAGCUGAAGAUGCAGCUGACCCUUCGAACGGUAGACUUUUUUGAACGUAGGGAGGCUAACCUGGACCCUGUACUGGAGUUUGCGAGGAAAGCGAAGGGAAAGAAGAAGGUUCUGGUACUCUCAGAUGAAGAUGCAGCACAGGGAAGUAGUGAAAGUGAAAGUGAGACAGAGAAGCUACGUAAGAAGGCUGGAAAACUGACAAUCAGCGAAAAAAGGAAGAGAGGCCCGAAACCAGUAUUCGAAGAUAGUCCACUGAUGGUUACACCAUCCAAACGUACACCAUGGACAAAGGCAAAGGAGGGCGCGAAUGGGGGACGUGUCACACGAUCGCAUAACAAGAUUAAGACAAAGAUGUCUCCUUAUGUUGAGAAGAUGAAGAAGAGUCCCGGGAGGACGGAUGCGCUAGCCAAACUACGUUUUUGCAAUCAAGCUAUGGAUAAAAUCAGAGGAUUGGAUGCGCAAGAGCUCCAACUGAUAUGUAAGAAUGAAGGUGUGAGCUAUAGCGGAAAGGUUGAGGCGAUUUUUGAUAUCGCGAGGCACCGCACAAGGGUGGCGUUCGGUGAAAUUGAGGGUGUUGAGCAAUCAAAAUCGGGAGACUUUGAAGAUAAGGAUUCGACUACAGUGGAUGUGGACGAACCUGAAGCUGAAGUAUGAGGGUGUUACGGAACAGAGGAGAUAUGGGACAUGGUACAUGAG